CUAAUGGAGAACAGAACAUGGUUCAUCCUGGCAGGACUCACUGAUAACCAAUGCCUGCAGCUUCCCCUCCUCAUCACCUUCUUCCUCAUCUAUACCAUCACCUUUGUAGGAAACCUGGGUUUGAUCCUGUUGAUUCUUUUGGAUUCUAGGCUCCACAGCCCCAUGUACAUUUUUCUAAGUAACCUAUCCUUAGUUGACUUCUGUUACUCUUCAACAGUAACUCCAAAGGUCAUAGCUGGAAUCCUUACAGGAGACAAGAUCAUGUCCUACAAUGCUUGUGCAUCUCAGAUGUUCUUUUUUGCAAACUUUGCCAACGUGGAAAACUACCUUUUAGUCUCAAUGGCCUAUGAUCGUUAUGCAGCAGUGUGUAAGCCCCUACAUUAUACCACCACCAUGACAACACGUGUUUGUGUUUCUCUAGUCAUUGGCUGUUAUAUCUGUGGAUUUCUGAAUGCUUCCAUCUAUACUAUGGAUGCAUUAAGUCUUUCCUUCUGUGAAUCCAAUGUGGUCCAUCAUUUCUUCUGUGAUGUUCUGGCAGUCAUGAUUAUAUCUUGCUCUGAUAGAUAUGUUAAUGAACUGAUUCUUGUUUAUGUAGCCAGCAUCAAUAUAUUUUUUGCUCUUAUACUCAUCUUAAUAUCCUACAUCUUCAUCUUUACCAACAUACUAAAGAUGCAUUCAGCUGCAGGAUAUUGCAAAGCUCUCUCCACUUGUGCAUCACACUUAACAGCUGUCUCCAUUUUCUAUGGAACAAUCAUAUUUAUGUACUUGCAGCCCAGCUCCAGGCACUCCAUGGACACUGACAAAAUCGCAUCUGUGUUCUACACCAUGGUCAUCCCGAUGUUGAACCCUCUGGUUUACAGCCUGAGAAAUAAGGAUGUGAAGAAUGCCUUCACAAAGAUUGUCUUAAGGUCAAGAUGA